GCGUGCCUGCAGGCAAAUAACAUGGAGUCGAGUGUGGUCUCUGCAAGCGGUUAAUGGUAAAACAUUUGCACUGAUGUGAUAACAUGUAAUGUAGCAACAUAUUCGCGACUCUUAGUGCAUUCAUGGACAGAGGAAAUUCGUUGCUUCGUUUCAUAUAAAGCAUGGAGGACAGUGUGUAAACAAGACCUUUCUUCGGAACACAAGCCAUGGCCUGCAGGCCGUUUUCCGGUAAUGGAACACAAAAUGUAGACUGAGUGGUCAGUAGUGGGUCGCCAUACUGUGCUCACGGGACCAUGGAGCCAGAGGGGGACUCUCUCUCCCCCGGGGAUUCCUUCACCCCAGUGACCAGCUAUGGGCCCCCACCCUCUUUCUCAACACAGGACACCACAACCAACACCUUCCUUAAUAGCACCUUACAGGUUUCAGACAAGCUCACCCUGAGUGGAAACCUAUGGUCCAGGGGUGGAGAUGGGGACUUUGAGAGGAGCGAAGGCCCCCUGUCCUGGGUGGAACCAGGGAGGAGUGCACAGAGGAGCGUCAGGCCCUCAGCCUUUCCCUCCUCCCUGACCUGGGACUCUGACUCUGAGAAGGAGACACUAGACGUGAUGUUCCCGUUGUUGUCUGUUUUGUCACGUUGUGUGUCAGAGGAGGAGCUACAGCACUUUUCUAAUCCUCAUGGUCUGGCCGCUCACAGCCCAGGAUCCCCCUCUUCUGGACUGAGACCUGAAAGUGACGAUGACCAAGCACCUGAAAAUCUAGAGUCCUUACUCACCGAGACAAACAUACAGAGCCCCAUGGAGCGGCAGGACCAAGAACAAACUAGCACACACAGUGGGGAGCCAAAUGAAGCGCAGCCCAGUUCAGUGGAACUGUUAGACGACGGAGUCUGGAAUGUUUCAGAGAAAGCUGAAUUGUUUCAGUCCAAAGUUAAACCAAAGGAGGUGUGCCACGUGAAGGAGGAAAGAGAGGAAGAGGACAUCCCCGAUAUGGACAAGGAGCUUGAGCGGGAUGUUUACACCUUUCCUGGGGACUCCGACCCAGACAGCCCCCCUCCGGCACCCUGGGCCCACUGCACCUUCAUCCAGCGCCGCAAGAAGAAGAGGGCCUUGCUCAGGCCCUUCUCUGGCCAGUGCGCUUGGGAAAGCACCUCAGGGGCUGGGAGGAAAGCAAGGGGUGCGUGUCCAAAAGCAGGGAGCGUGGGCAGUGUAAAGGUGAGUGGAGGGGUCUACGACUUCAAGGAGGAGGAGGAGGCUGUGGAGAAGCCUGAGGAGGUGGAAGACGGGAGUGGAACAGUAGAAGGUGGAGUGGGGGAGCUAAGUCAAGAGAUCUACACCUGUGUGGAGUGUAGUAUUUACUUCAAGAAGCAGGUCUACCUUCAGGAGCACAUGGAAGAGCACAGUCUGAGUAGGGAGGGCAGAGGAAAGGGUGGCCGUUUUCGAUGUGUGGAAUGCGGGUGGAACCUGCCAAACAGGCUGGCGCUGGCAGACCACCACAGACGACACCAGGAGUCUCGGCAGAAAAUCGUGGAGGAGAUCGGGAAGCUGAGCGGUGGCGGGAAAGCGGAGAACACGCUGGGCGAGCAGAUGAAGGUAACCGAACCUGCCCGCCCAAUCCAACGUCCGUUGGUUGCUCCAGUUACAAUAACAGUCCCGGAUUCGGUACCCGUACCUGUCGGGGCCUCAGUCAAAGCUCAAGUCAAAACCCCAGUCAAAGCAAAGGUCAAAGUACCAGCCAGUCGUCGCUUUCUUUGCCUCAAGUGUGACUUCAGUACACGCACCUCCCAAGCAUUGGCCAACCAUGCCAAAACCCACAACAGAAAACCCUCUGGUCUGCAGCGAGCCUCUCCGCGAUUUCAACCAAAGCUCACGCUCGUGGAGCCACCUGGACCUUCCCGUGGUGGGGCCUCCACUUCUCUCACCUGUGACCAGUGUGCCUUCCAGGCCUCCAGUCAAAUCGCUUUGAAGAAGCACCAACACCUGGCUCACUCCGCCCAGACCUCCAUCAGUGGUGACGGGCCUGAAGAGAUGGGCUAUCCAGGGUCCCCAAUAGAUUCCUCCUCGACACCAAGUUGUGAAAAUGUUUCUAAGCACGUCCCUCAAACCGAGGGCCAAAGCCAGUCGAAGGCCUGCAGGUCUUCUGUGUCUAAUUGGGUCCCAGCGGAAGAGGACAGUGGCACACAGUCCCAACCAACCAAUGAUGCUACAGCUCCCCAGUGCAGGGAGGUAGCCUUCAAGACCAUCGGGAACAAGAGAACCAAUAGGAGAGGAAGGGUGGGGACAGAACACCUCCGGCCAAUUCCCAGGCUGGACUGCAGGCCAUCUGAUAGCCAAGAUGCACAAAGCCAGAGCCAUAGCAAUGACCUGGCAAGCGAGAUGACCAGAAAAGAAAUGGUUGGGUCCAAACCGCUCACCAGGGCACGAUCAAUCCGAGGCCUGGUGGAGGUGCCCGCCCUGGCCAUGCAACUGAAACGCACUUUCACAGCCAGCCUGCGGGGGGCAGCAGAGCACCUGGGGCUGACUGAGGGGCAGCAGGCCCACCUAAGACACUCGCUCCCCCUUGUCCUCACUGAGCCCCUCGGCUUUGACUGCCAAACUCCUCUCUCUUACCUUGGCUGCUGGGAGCGAGGCGAGGCGAUGGAGGACUCUUCUCUAAAACAACAGAGCUUAGUCACAUGCUACUCAGAAGGAAAGCCUGCAGAGGAAGAGGAAGAGGAGGAUGAGGAGCCAAAGGCUGUCUUCAAAAAGAAGAGCAACAAGGUUUUUGCUGCUGAAAAUGACGGCGAUGUCGACCACGAUGGGCAUAACGACGACGAAGAAGAAGAGGAAGAAGAGAAGAUCCGGCGUUUCCUGGCGGAGGGCGUGUCAGACGAGGACUAUGAGGAGAUGGAUGACGAGACUGGGACCCUGAAGAGAGUGGAGAGGAAAUGCCCGUACUGCCCUGACCGCUUCCACAAUGGCAUCGGGCUGGCCAACCACGUGAGGGGCCACCUCAACCGGGUGGGCGUUAGCUACAACGUGCGCCACUUCAUAUCCCCUGAGGAGGUCAAUGCCAUUGAAAAGAAGUUUUCCUAUCAGAAGAAGAAGAAAAAAGUUGCCAACUUCGACCCGGACACGUUCAGCGUGAUGCGCUGUGAGUUCUGCAGUGCUGGCUUCGACACCCGGGCGGGCCUGUCCAGCCACGCCAGAGCCCACCUGCGGGACUUCGGGAUUACUAACUGGGAGGUGACCGUCUCGCCCAUUCACAUCCUCCGAGAGCUCUUCUCCAGCCGCCCUGACCUGGUCCUCCCCAUGGCCCCCCCACACAACCCAGCCUCAGACGAGGAGGACGAGGACGAGGACCCGGAGACGGAUAAGGAAGAGCCAGGGGGAGUGGAGGAGGGUGAAGAGACAACAGGUGCCUCAGUCUCGAACCUGCCUCCCUCGUCGCCAUGUCAACCUUGGAAGAAAGAGAGCAGCGUUAGUGAGCCUGAAGGUGGGGAGGAGGAGGAGCAGAUGCCAGUCCUUGACAGUUUGACCUCCAGUCCAGGGUCCAACUUGCUGAAGUGUGAGGUGUGCAGUGCCCCCUUCGAGACCAGGCGGGGCCUUUCCAGCCAUGCCCGCUCCCACCUGCGUCAGCUUGGCAUUGGCAUGUCGGAGAGCAGCGGGGCGCCCAUCGACCUCCUCUACCAGAUCACUAAGGAGCGCAGUCUGGACGGGCAUUUCCCGCCUCCCUCCCCCCGGUCUCCUGCCACCAAGAACACACCUCGCUCCUCGCCUGCCCCACAGGAGGAGAGCUGUGAAGACACGGACGUAGACGAGAAACCCAUCCGUCUCUCCAUCCUGGCCAAAGCGGUGAAAGUGCCAACGUCCUCCACCCCGUCCCCCGUGGCCUCCCCCGCCCCCCCCCUCCUCCAUAAUCAGGUCCUGCUCGCCCUCUCCCGUAGUGAGGAAGGCCCCAAUAUCCUCCCUGCUGCCAGUGUCCUCCCCCCUGCGCUGUCUGGACCAUCAUUGGAGGUGGACCCCAACAAGGACAUAGUGUGCCAGCUGUGUGGUGCCUGGUUCGAGACGCGGAAGGGCCUUUCCAGCCACGCCCGAGCCCACCUGCGUCACUUUGGUGUCGAGUACUCCGAGUCUAAAGGCUCCCCCAUUGACCUCCUCAACCAGCUCAUCCACACGGAUGACUUCAAGCACAGGGCCAGUGCUCUGCAGCCCGAGGGGCUCAGGGGUAACGCAGGCCUCUCUUCCCCCAAACGCUCUCACCUCGCCUCCACCUCACCCCACUACAGAGGCAGCAGCACGGGGGACAGGCAUGGUUCCAAAGCUACCUCUGCCUCAGCUUCCUCAGUGUUUGGCCCGCCCCCCAAACGUCCCAAGUCCUCCCAGUUACAAGUCUUCCGUCUGAGCGGUGGAGAGCUCCUGCCCAUACCCCACAGUGAACCCGUGAAGGAGAUCGGCUGUGAGUUCUGCGGGGAGUACUUUGAGAACCGCAAAGGCCUCUCCAGCCACGCCCGCUCCCACCUGCGCCAGAUGGGCAUCACGGAGUGGUCGGUCAACGGCUCCCCCAUAGACACCCUGAGGGAGCUGAUCACACGCCGAGGCCUCCCCUGUGCCCUGCCCCUCAAGCCCCUUACGUCUCCUCCUCCAUCACCAGGGCCGCCUCGCUCUCCCAUGUCCUCCUCCUCCUCGCCGAGCCUCCUGAGUCGCCUCCCGUUCGCCUUCGCCCACCCGCCCAGCCGCCAGUCCACGGUCCGUAAGAUGAGCUCCGCGCCGUCGUCCUCCGCGGGGCUCAUAGUGAAGCUGAAGCCGGAGCCGAUGCAGCUGGAGAUCUCCGUGCCUGGGGGGGUGGGGGGGGCGUAUGCCUCGGAACCACUCAACUGCAGCUGGAGCAGCUCUGACAACAUGCUCCCUCUAAACCUGGUCACAGCCCACGAGGCGGAGCCCACUCGCGACAUCCGCUGUGAGUUCUGCGGGGAGUACUUUGAGAACCGCAAAGGCCUCUCCAGCCACGCCCGCUCCCACCUGCGCCAGAUGGGCAUCACGGAGUGGUCGGUCAACGGCUCCCCCAUAGACACCCUGAGGGAGCUGAUGCACAAGAGGGGAGGUGCCUCACCUCCGGGCCCAGGGGUGAAGAAGGAAUCCAGCCAGAGGAGCAGCCCCACCUGGGAGUGCCUGGUCGGGGGUCUGGGCUACCAGUCCCCCAAGUUGUCCCGGAAGUCCCCCCUCAACCUGCUGCACUCGGGCUCCCGGCUCCACAAGCACGGCCUGGGGGCGGUAGGCCUCUCCUCCACGCCUCCCGCCGGGAAGUUUUCUGCGGUGUCCCCGCUGGGUAAAAGAUCCCUGUCAGAGGAGGGUCGUACGGUGGGGAGAUCCUCGCCCCACCCCCAGCCCAAGACCUUCUCGCCCGCGCCACACGACCUCUCCUUCAAAGGGAAGUCCUCUCCGGAAAAGCAUGCGGGGGGUCAUCUGGAUGCCAGCUGUGAGCUGUGCGGGUUCUACUUCGAGAACCGAAAGGCGCUGGCUAGCCAUGCGCGAGCCCACCUGCGUCAGUUUGGCGUGACGGAGUGGUGUGUGAACGGCUCACCCAUCGAGACGCUGAGUGCCUGGAUGCGCAGCAGGCCUCACAAGGUGGUGGAGAUGCACCGUGGCUACAUGCAGGGCAGCGCCCGCUCCACCCCCAAAAAGAAAAGCUGCUCGUCCCCAUCGUCCGACUCUGACCUCCCCCCCCCCUUGCACUCCCAGAAACCCUCCUCGUCCCAGUGGGCCGCUCUGGGACUGGCCCAGGCCCGGCGGAUUGGCCGGGAGCUCACUGUGGCCUCACCCCGGACAGCAGAGGGCGACGCUGUCAACACACCCCCUUCCCGACUGUGCAACAGCAGCCCCGCCCGCCUCUCCAACGCCCUCUCCCCACAUGCACAGGUGGCCCGCAGCGAACUCAACGUACGCCUGCCCCGAGGCUUUGAGCGGCGACCUCCUAAACAUCCAUCUCACUCAGAGGGAGGAGAGAGGGACAGUGGCUCCCCGAAGCCCCCCCGCACCAGCACCAUUCCCGCCCUGGUGCCCAAACCUCCCUGCACCCCCCUGGUAAAAGUCGUGGGCAAGAUUUAUAACCUCAAGUGUCGGUUCUGUGAGGUGGAGUUUCAGGGGCCCCUGUCUGUGCAGGAGGACUGGAUCCGCCACCUCCAGCAGCACAUCCUCAACCUGAACUACAACAAGCCUGCUCCCUCUGCCACGGACCAGCCGGCCCCGGACCCACGCCCGACCCAAGGCCCGGCUGCUACCCCCAGUUUCACCGCAACACCUGACCCCACCUCCGCCCCGCCCCCAAUCCACACCACAGCUCCCACGGUGCCCACUCCUACCAGCCCCCCUCCUUCCCCUGUGGCUGCUCCGGGCGUCACGGCCACGCCCAUGGCAACAGCCUCGACGGAGCCCGCCCCUACGCCGGCCCCAAUCCCGGUCGCCACCACCGCGUUGUAACCCUAAUUUCCAUUGCCACGCCCCUUUUUGUUCGGUCAUGUGACUGCCAUGCCGCGUCGUAGGUCUUUCCAUCCACUCUGGUUUCUUUUUGCCUCAACACUGGGAACAAGCUGAAGUGUUUUGAGGAGAAGUUUUCUUCCAAAGAGCUCUCAAAUCCCAGCCUCGCCUAGGCAGCUCUGCAGACUGUUACGAAGCCCCAUCGCCAUGGGAACCCGUGCUCUCCGGACCGGAGUGUGCGAUUGCGACUGUCCCGGGCUUUGCGGGUGUACCGUUUCUGCUUCAUUUUCGCCAUGGUUGACCUGAAUGUUCAGUUUGUAUCGUGGAGCGUUAUCCUUCCUGACGCUCAGUGAUACCUGAGAGGUCAACUCCACCCUAGUAUUGAACUUUGGCCCCUCCCCCGGCUCUAAACGGUGCUUUGCAAAGACCUUAGAGGCUCUACCCAUUUAUAUUUGAAUAUUUAAAUGAGUACAUCUAUGGCUCCUGCUUUGGUCCCUUAGCAUAAGGGUUAAAGCAGUUGAAAUAGUGUAUUUUAUAUUCAUGCUUAGUCUAUGGUACAGACUUAAAGUACGCAUUUACACUUUCAUUUUGAUAAGGCACUUUUAAAGUAGACAAUGUCACAGAGCACUUAACUGAAUGCCCCAUUGAUUUGGGGCGAUGACAAGGAGAAGGCCCAUUGAGAGCAAAGGAAGAAAGCUGAAGUGGAAGCCGCGCCUUCGAGGGACGUCCCAUUCACCUUAGUGUUAGACUGACUGGCGCAGUCACACAGUAACUUCUAACUGUCCCUUUUUGUUUUCCGAAUGUUGUUAAUACACAUCUCCUUUGAGAUAACUCUGUUAUGGCAUAGUUCCAUGUACCCAGUACUACAACCCACAUCAACACUACAUUGGCUGCUGUCAAUAUAACAGCAUUUAAGCUCUUAUUGAAUCUCAUCUAUUCUUAGAUGAAAAGUUCCAUAGAACUGUUGAAAGUCACUAUUUCAAGGUUCAAUGCUGACGUGCAAAUGUUAACACUUCUUUCUUGCCUUACCCAAAAACCUUUAUUUAUUAUACAUUUGAAUUAGGUAAACUAGGUUGUUUUAAGGCUCAAUUAGAACAUUGGAAUGUUUAAAAUGAUUUCAAUGACAUACUUUUGUCAAAGUGCAUAAGCUAUGUGUGUUUGUGUGUGGGUUUUUUUUGUUGCAGAAGAGGUGCAUAUGUAAAUCUGUCAGUGACUUUUUAACUUGAGACAGAGGCAAACAGUAGCUAACACACAGGACCUCUCCGUAGCUGCAUUCUAGCUAAUCAUGGGAUAUGGCUUAACAUUGAGUCUCAUCAGGACUUGACUGCAGUCGCCAUUCUCUAAGGAUGUGCCAAAGAGUGAGUUUACUUGCUGGUCUCGCGUCUGUAAGCUGUUUACAUGGAACCUGUUCAUUGGGGAGGGCCUCUGCACAGCUACUGAGCAAACAAAGUUCCUCAUUGGAUGACGGACAUUAAUUGAUUCAUCUGGAUCCAAUGUCUCCCAUGUGAACCACAGAGUUGAGCGACUGUUACAGGGACAUAAGUAGGCGGCCUUGGCGUCUUUGGACUCCGUUGGCGCCACCCCAUUAUGAAAUCCAGUGUGUGACGCCUGCGAAAGGAGGAUGCUUUCUGUCAGAGCUCUGAAACAUUGGGGACCUUAAAUCCAGACCCGUUACGUAUGACCUUUGUUUGGAACAGCUUCUAAUGUAUGGGCAGCAUUGUCAUGAAGGUGAGGCUCUGACGCAAAUAUUGCUUCGGAUAAGUGUUCAUAUUGCCUGCGAAGUGAAGCAAUAACUGAAGGGUCCAUAUGGAAAUUAACUUUUCAAGUUAGUUCCAGCAUUAAACUAUGUUGAAAACAUGACUGUUUAACCCUAGCAAUCUCCCAUCCCUUUUCUGAAAUAUAGAUACGUAUAUAUAACUACAUGUACUUACGAAACUGUUGACGCUAUUAGAGCUAUUAACAGUUUUAUUAACAGCUAGUUACAAACAAAUGUGAUCUUAAUUCCUUUUGUCGUGAUUUAGUUUCAACCUUCUAUGCCAUGUAUUUUUUUAUUGCUCUGUGCAUUUCUGUAUUUGCGGUUGGGGAAAGUGAACCUAGAUGAGUUUUUUAUUUUAUUUUAUCUGUUAGUUAGUUUCUCUAAAAUGAAACAUUGGUGCUUGUGAGAAUGGAAUCGUGAGGAUGGGGAGCGAUUGACAGGAGAGCAUUAGUGAUGGUCAUGUCCUUAGAUCAGAGGACUCUAAAUACGUCUUUAAAUGGGACCACUUUUGCACGUUCAGAUUUUUCUCCACCAGUGAGUGUUUACAUAGUGAUAGUUAGCCUCCGGCAGGUUUGUGACCGUGUUACCGUGUGAGAUGAGUAGCCACUGAUGUUUAAACAAAAACGAAGUCCUCCUUAAGAUAGACUGUCUAUAUUGCUCAGCUGGUUGGACUGGCUGCAUAGGGUUUGCUUGUGUCUGAGUGUGUGAGUGAAUGCGUGCGCGUGACGGAGUGUGUGCAGAGCAUAGACGGUGAUAUGAUGAAAAGAUGAAAGAAUUGUACUGUACACAAAGGAUUGAGGUUCACGAUCAGCUCCUGAACAAACAUUAAAUGUGAUUUCAAACUCA